AUGGACGGCACAUCUUUGACGGGCAUAUUUGGCGAUAAUCCCUACUUCUCUGCCGGAGCAGGAUUGAUGGCCUUGACCGUAGGGUUAGGAGCGCUCAGACAAGGGUCAAAAUUUGCCUUUAUUGCAGCCCAGAGACGCAUGCUUGUCUCAUUAGAGAUUCCGAGCAAAGAUCGCUCGUACGAAUGGUUUCUCAGCUGGAUGGCCUACCAAACCUCUGCACGCGCCGCUGUUGCGCAGUCGAGAUGGGCUCGAAUGCAUCAGCUCAGUGUUGAGACGUUCAUGGAGACACGACCUAAUGGGAGCGUGAACGCGUUUUUCACCCUCGUCGCCGGUCCUGGUACGCAUUGGUUCAAGUAUAACGGCGCGUGGAUGCAAAUCAAACGGGAUCGAAAUGACCGUGCAGUGAAUCCAGCCACGGGCCGUCCUUGGGAGACGGUUACAAUCACAACUCUGUCACAAUACCGAUACCUCUUCCCAAAGCUACUGCUUGAAGCGCGUGACCUGGCCCUUACAGAGCAGGAAGGCCGUUUGCUGAUUUAUACCCACUGGCAUUCCGAAUGGCGAGUGUUUGGACCUCCCCGAAUGAAACGUCCUAUAUCCAGUGUAGUCCUGGAUGACGGUGUUUCCGAGAGAAUAGAAUCUGACGCAAGUAUGGAUCCUCCCUGGAAUCUCCGCAAUAACCAGUAUUCAGGCAUUCCAUUCCGAAGAGGAUACAUUCUUCAUGGGCCACCAGGCUCAGGAAAGACGUCUUAUAUUCAAGCAUUGGCCGGCUCACUGGGCUAUGACAUUUACCUGAUCAACCUCUCCCUCCGUGGUCUCGCAGACGACAAGCUCACUCUGCUACUGUCACAAGCACCUCCUCGGUCCAUUAUUCUGAUAGAAGACGUAGAUGCCGCAUUCAACAAACGCGUGCAAGUCUCGGAAGACGGGUACCAAUCAGCUGUCACUUUCUCGGGCUUUAUUAAUGCGUUGGAUGGUGUUGCCUCCAGCGAAGAGCGCAUCGUCUUCAUGACGACCAAUCACAUCGAGAAGCUCGACCCGGCGCUCAUCCGUCCUGGAAGAGUCGACGUGAUUCAACUGAUUGGGGACGCGACGCCGAAUCAAGCAAGGAGGCUUCUAUGUCAGUUCUAUUCAGAGCCAGACACGGGAGAGAAGCUCGACCCACACUACGCGACGCAAUUAGCCGCACUUGGAGAUGAACUCGCUUCUAUCGUGGAAACAAGGCGAGAAGGAGGUCAUAAUGUCAGCAUGGCGUCACUUCAGGGCCACUUUAUUCGGCAUCCCACCGCAAAGGAGGCCGUUGAGAAUGCAUCUAUUCUCUUUGCAUAA